AUGGCUUGGAAUUCUGGACGCUCAAAACGAGCAGCCGAUGAUUAUGUUUGGACUCGGGACCAAGAAGACUUCCGUGGCCAACCGACCAAGAAACCGCGAUUCGACCUCCGCAACCCAUCUGCUUUAGCUCCCGAUGCACCAGAGGACGAUGCCAUCCUAGAAGCAGACGUGAUCGGAAGCCGAGGACAACAAGUAAAACGUGGAGCAGUAAAAAUUGACGGCUAUGAUUCGGACUCAGACAAUGACAAUUUCAACAUGCGCGCAGACGCCAGGGCAAAAGAGAAGGGAGCAAAGUCCAAGACAGAAGACGAGAAUGACAUGUUCGCCGAUCUAGAAGAGGAUUUCAAGGAUGGAGAUGACUCUGAAGGUGAUGCUGGCAGACGAGGAGGCAAGAAAAAGGCUGUUCGCUUUCUCAACGAAGACGAGAUAACGGGGCAAAUUAAAAGUUCAAGGAGCGGUGGACAUGUUUCGGCAGACUUCACUCUCAACGGACGUGGAAAGGGUAAGGGGAGAGAAGAAUAUCGCGAAAUUGAAAGCAGCAGCGACAGCGAAGUCGAUGAGGCGACACGAGCCAGCAUCGGGGAACUCGACCCUGAACUUGGAGCUGGAGGCAAGAAGUCUCAUGCACCCAAAUUGGAUGCCUUCAACAUGAGCGCGGAGCAAGAGGAAGGCCGAUUCGAUGAGGAUGGGAAUUAUGUUCGAAAAGCAGCAGAUCCUGAUGCAAAACACGAUAUCUGGCUGGAGGGCAUGUCCAAAAAGGAGAUGCGGAAAGCUAAAGAAGCCGCUGACAAGCGCGAGGAGGAACGAAGAAAACGUGAUCUGGAGGAUGAUGCUAAAUCAACCGGGGAGACUUUGGACAAAUUGAUACCGCUCCUGGAGCGCGGCGAAACUGUUCUGGAAGCCCUCGCACGUCUUGGAAAAGGCAAAGAAAAGAAACCUAAGUGGCAAACGAAAAACAAGAACAAGAAACAGAACGGGCCCUCUGUGGAAUUCCCCGUGCCUGAAGCCAAUGCGACAGAGAAGGCUCGGAGAGAAAAGAUUGAGGUGAUGACCGGCGCUGCUGACAUUUUGUUAUCUCGAGGUCAAACAGAAAUCUACGACACUGAAAGGGAACUGCUCGUUCGUCAAUACCGGAAAGAAACGGGUGAGGAAUGGGUUGAUACUCCUAAGCCCGAUGAAGCUCAUGACACGAAUUCUAUGGAACAACUGUGGGAGUAUCGGUGGACUGAUUCCAGAGAUGGUGGAGCAAUAAAUGGGCCAUAUGACGGCAAUACCAUGAAGCAAUGGAAUGAUGCUGGUUAUUUUGGUGAAGGCGUCGAGUUCCGUAGAAAAGGUGGUGGCGACUGGACCAGAGUGGCCGAGUUUGCCUGA